AUGGAAUCCAAAAAAACUCCUUCCAUCACCAUUUACCGCGGAUUCCUUGACAGUGGCUGUUACGUGUGGUCUCCAUUUGUCGUGAAGCUUGAGUUACGCUUGCGAAUAGGCAGACUUAACUACCGCACUGAGCCUGGUUCUGUUACCAAGGCACCUCGUGGGAAAAUCCCCUACCUAUCAAUAGAGCGAGCUAACGGGGUCGAGACCCUGUCAGACAGCACGCUCAUAGCAAAGUCAUUGGUUGAGUCUGGAGACUUGGGAGAACUCAAUAAGAAGCUAUCACCAACCGAAAAACUCAAUGACCUGGCUCUCAUUGCUUUGCUUGAAGACAAGUUAUAUUUUUGUAAUUCUAACGAGAAAUGGAUACAUAACUACUAUACCAUGCGCUCAAAGGUACUCGCUGCGGUUCCCUGGCCCCUCCAGCUUCUUGUGGGCUACAUGGUCUACAACAAAAUGGUUCGGACACUCCAAGGACAGGGAACAGGCAAGUUUACCGACGAGGAGAUCGAGUCUCUGUGUAAAAACAUCUACGAAGCCUUGAAUGGACAUGUUACAAAUGCCCAAGUGCUAAAUCGAGAAAAGGAGGGUCCAUUUUGGCUAUGGGGGGAUUCCCCCUCCGAAGCUGAUACAGUUCUAUUCGGCUUUCUUGCUGGGACAUUAGUCUGUGACGCUGCCCCCGCUUCGCAGAAGAUGAUCAAAAGUUAUCCUGCCCUAAUGGAAUACGCUCGCCGUAUUCAUUAUGCCUAUUUCCCUGACUAUCCUAUUUGGGGGUAG